AUGGCUUGCGCUGCGCGAUCACUCUGCCGAAACGCACGCGCUUCAACGGGCGCGAUUGGCGUGAAUUGGAAUCAAGCCAUUCGAUGCUAUUACCAACCACACAAACCAGCUUUGAGCUCCUGGAGUCAGCGUCGCUUCAAAUCUGACGCUGACUCCCCCAUCUUUUCUGGGUCAUUCUCUACCGCUGAGACCCGGGAAAUAUGGUCCGACGCGCGCCGGACGUCCUUAUUUUUGGACUUCGAAGCCGCCCUGGCUAAAGUGCAAGCCAAACUCGACAUUAUCCCUCAAAAAGCUGCCGAUGAGAUUGUCAAGACAUGCAGCUCAGACUUUAUCGACUUCGAUGAGUUGGCGAAAAAGACGCAGCUGAUCGGGUACCCGGUAUUGCCGGUCGUGCAACAAUUAGUCAAGAAAGUUAAUGAAGUCGAGCCAAAGCUAGGAGAAUGGGCUCACUGGGGAGCAACGACCCAGGACCUGACCGAUACGGCGGUGGUCCUUCAACUCAAGGAAACCUUGAUUCUGGUUGAGGCCGAACUGGACCGGAUCAUGGAAGCUCUAGUAGCACUCUGCCGGGCGCACAAGUCAACGCCCAUGGCUGCUCGGUCGAACUUGCAACAAGCCGUACCGAUGUCCUUUGGUUUCAAGAUGGCGAGACUUCUUGCGACCUUUCAGCGCCACAAGGUUCGGCUUCAGGAGCUUAGACCACGACUUCUCGUUCUCGAGUUCGGUGGUGCCGCCGGGACACUCGCAACAAUCCCCGAUCAUACGUCAGACUCGACUUCGAAAGCUAAAGGAACGACACCACUAGGUCUAAAAUGCCAGCAAUUACUGGCCGAAGAACUCGGCCUUGCAGUGCCUGCAAUCGCAUGGCAUACAGAACGGGACAACUUCGCCGAGGUCGCAAACUAUCUAGCCAUUCUGACCGCAACAUGCGCCAAAUUCGCCACCGACCUCAAGCUGAUGAUGCAAUCGGAGGUCAACGAAGCCAUGGAACCUUACGUUCCACACCGAGGGAGCAGCAGCACAAUGCCUCAAAAACGUAACCCGAUCGGUUCAGCUUACAUCUGCUCGAUCGCAAGCAGCGUUCGAACAAUGGCUUCGGCCAUGACAGAAGGCAUAGUAGCGGACCACGAACGCAGCACAGGUCCAUGGGAGAUCGAAUGGAUCAUGCUUCCGCAAAUAUGCUCGCUGAGCCACGCUUGUCUCAAGCACACCGCUUACUUGCUCGAAGGUCUCGAGGUGAACAAAGAGGGCAUGGCGGCUAAUCUUGCGUUGUCGAAAGGCGCGAUUGUUUCGGAGGCAGUCAUGAUGGGAUUGGGCAAGGCUAUGGGAAGGCAAUAUGCACAUGAUAAGGUCUAUACCCUGUGCCGUCAAGCUCAGACUAGUGACAGGCCGCUUGUUGAGCUUCUGGUGGAAGAUGAAGAGAUCAAGGCGAGCGGCGUGUCUGCUGAAGAACUGAAAGGGCUGUGCGAUCCGGCGAACUACUUGGGCUUGAGCGAAGUAAUGGUGGACUCUGUAUUGAAAGGCAUCAAGUAUGAGUGAAGGAGAUUCCCGUUGCGCCUAAAUUUAUGCAGCUUUCGUUGUUACCAAUGGAGUCUUUCCCCUACGAUACUGUUCAAUGUUACCGGUCUGCCCGUU